AUGGAAUUUUCGUGGAUACAUCUCACGGGAAGGCAUAGACUUGAUCUUGGUGUUUGCUCACCUCCUUGCCCUCCAUGGAGUAAGGCCGCGGCUUCACCUCCAGGUCUCAGGCGCAAAGAUGGUGUCUUGACACCUGCAGCCAUUGCUUUCAUGGCACUCCUGGGUUGCAAAGUCUUUUGCUUGGAAAAUGUGUCCGGCUUGGUUCAGCAUGAACAUUGGAAGGUGAUCCUGGAAUGGCUUGUGUUUUGGGGCUUCGAUCUCAGGUGGGCAAAAUGCUUGGACAUGGCCGAAAUCGCACCUCAAAAGAUGGAGAGGCUUAUCAUGAUCGCCACUAGGACAGGUGAUGCUUCCAUUGGCAAUCACAUUUGUGUCCCCUGGCCAACGGUUGGCCCACCUUCUUUGCAACAGUUUGACGUCCUUACCCAGGUCUCUGGUCAUUGGCUGGAGGAAUGCACUCCCUCUGAAGAAGUGCUUCGCAUGUACUUGGAUCCUUCCAACUUGCCCAAAUCUGGCUCAGGUCAGAGACAGCUGAAGAAGAACAAGGUCGACAUGAUGAGGUAUCGUCUGAGAUCUCCACAGGACCAGAUGAGUUGUGUGAUGGCCAAUUAUGGUUUUGGUCAUGAGCUUCCAGGUCACACGAUCCAACAAGGUGGAUUGUAUGGAGCCAUCCUGGCGUUACCAUCGGGUCUUAGAUUUUGCAGCACUGUUGAGGUUGCCUUGCUGCAGAUGCCACUUGGGUCUUGUUUUCUCCCAGCACAGAGGAAGGAAGCGAUUGCCAUCUUGGGUAACUCAAUUAGCUCGGUUCAUGCCGGAAUUGCCAUUUUGAAUGCCAUGGCUUUUCUUACUGACCUCACCCAUGUUGAGAUUUGUGAAACCUUUGCGAAACUGGUGGAUUCUCGGCUUAGGGCCUCGACUCUCAUCAUUCAAGAGGUUGCAGGUGGAUUCAUGCUGUCUCAUUCACAAAUUGCAGCCACGUUGCCCAUGCAUGCGUGUGAACAGCUUGUCUUGAAGUCACCUGUUGAUGAGGCGCGACUACACAUUCAGGUUGGACUCAACAUCUGUGAUGUUCUCCGCAAACUCAUGGGAGCAUCAAUACCGGCUGACAUCUUUUUGGUACCUGCCGGCAAAUUGGAACACAAAGUUCCUCUGCACCCAAACCUGUUGAUGCAACAGGAACAGGUUACCUUGUUCGCAUCUGUGCAAACUUGUCUGCUCAUGCCGACUAUGAUGUUUGGGAGCUUGAGUGAUGAUUCCAAGUUUGUUGUCGCCCUUUGCACAUUUGGGACCGUGAUCAUUGCCAGAAAAGUCAAUAUGUGCGUUGGUGAUGUGCUUGCCUUUGAAUUUGAACAACGACCCUUGUUCUGCACAGACAUUCUUGGGUUUCGCCUGGAUCAUGGAGACGUUUGCCCUGAUGCAGUGGUUGUCUUGUCAACACCAGGGAUUGCCCCUGCUGAUUUUUCUGGCUUGAUCAAUUUGGAAGUUGAAUCCAGUGGGCUCACGACCGCCAUUCGUGGUUUUUAUGCCGACCUUGCUCCCUUUGCCAGGCUUUUCCAACACACUGGCAUCCUGGACAUGUUGAUGAGUAUGGGGUGGACACUUGUUGUUCCAGUCAGUGCCUGGGAGGACGACCGCUUCAAUGUUCUCCAGUUGAUGAAAAGCCCUAACCGGCUCGCAAUUGAGGCUACAGAUGUUGUGUACUGUGUUGCCAUUCGCAUCUUUAUUUCUUUUCUGGGAAUUCGUGACUCUGUUGGCCCCAGACCUGUCAUCCGUGUCCGGAUCAAGUUUUGGUCGUCUUGGAUUUGGGAAGGUCUGUGGGAUCCUGAUAGUGAUUUCUCCACCGUCCGCCAGAUUUGGAAAGAUGUCAUGCUGACGUUUGGCUUGGAUUGGGACAUUCGUUUCAUCAUCCAUGGGCACAAUGCCAACUUUGAGCGCCCGAUAUCCCAAUUUCUCUCACCGCAGGAUGUUCAUACAGGUACUCCUCCUCAACCGCCGACACCACCCUUGCCACCGAGACUCAGGACAGUGUUUGAUCUUGUGCAUGACAACUUUGAGCGUGCGUUGAUGGUUGCCCUUGACAAUUGGAUGAAAACACAAGGUGUAGACUGGGAUGUUGAAAUGACAGGUGUUGCUGAGCUUCGCAUGCCCUUGCCUACUGAAGUCCUCAACCAGCACUUCUUCGUCACGUUCAUGAAGGCAUCCUUUGUCGUCCUGGCUUUGCCUAGGGGUUUGCCUGAGUCUCAGGACACUGUUUACACCAAGAUCAAGGUUUGGGGUCACUUGGCUUUCAAGGGCUGGCUCCCAAACGACAUGGUGGUUCAAAAACUCCUUGAUGCAUGGCUUCUUGCUGGACAGAUGAUCGGGGACUCCCCCAAUAUCCGUGCUGUUGGCUUUAGUGGAACCAUGAAUCCUGACUUCAAACUUGAAGAUUAUGCCAAGCAUGCUGAAGACGGAACACUUCGCCUGACAGUUCACUUUGUGUUGGGUCUGAGAGGCGCUGGUGUCCCUCGGGCUCCGCGUCUUUUGCGUGGCAGGCGUGGGACAAUGUGCACUGCCAAGGGGUCGGAUGUACGCCCUGGUGUCCCUCGGGCUCCGCGUCUUUUGCGUGGCAGGCGUGGGACAAUGUGCACUGCCAAGGGGUCGGAUGUACGCCCUGGCGUCCCUCGGGCUCCGCGUCUUUUGCGUGGCAGGCGUGGGACAGAUGUACGCCCUGGCGUCCCUCGGGCUCCGCGUCUUUUGCGUGGCAGGCGUGGGACAAUGUGA